GUGGUGGUGGCGGCGACGACGACUUUUGGCCUCUGGAACCAGGGGCCGCAGAAUUGGGAACCAGGUUUCAGCCUGGUCAGACCUGUUGCCUUCAGUUUCUCCAUCCUUUGGGUAAAGAUGCUGUUACACAACUACUUGGAGUUCUUUAGUUGAAAAAUUCUCUGUGGACAGAAGAAUCACAAUGAGUUCAGGCUUAUGGAGCCAAGAAAAAGUUACUUCACCCUAUUUGGAAGAACGGAUUUUUUACUUGCUUCUUCAAGAAUGCAGUGUUUCAGACAAACAAACACAAAAGAUUCUUAAAAUACCAAAGGGGAGUAUAGGACAAUAUAUUCAAGAUCGUUCUUUGGCGCAUACGAGAAUUCCUCUUUCUAAAGGCAAGAAAAAUCAUAUUGGAUUAAAAAUUUUGGAGCAGCCACAUGCAGUCCUUUUUGUGGAUGAGAAGGAUGUAGUAGAAAUAAAUGAAAAAUUCACAGAAUUGCUUUUGGCAAUUACCAAUUGUGAGGAAAGAUACAGUCUAUUUAAAAACAGAAGCAGACUAAGUAAAGGCCUCCAGAUAGAUGUGGGAUGCCCUGUGAAAGUACAGCUGAGAUCUGGGGAAGAAAAAUUUCCUGGACUUGUACGCUUCAGAGGACCCUUGUUAACAGAGAGGACAGUGUCGGGAAUAUUCUUUGGAGUAGAAUUGGUGGAAGAAGGUCGUGGUCAAGGUUUCACUGAUGGAGUUUACCAAGGAAAACAGCUUUUCAGAUGUGAUGAAGAUUGUGGUGUCUUUGUGGCUUUGGACAAAUUAGAGCUUAUAGAAGAUGAUGACAAUGCACUGGAAAGUGAUUAUGCAGGCCCGGGUGACAUGAUGCAGGUUGAACUUCCUCCUUUGGAAAUAAAUUCCAGAGUUUCUUUGAAGGUUGGAGAAGGUAUAGAAUCUGGAACAGUUAUAUUCUGUGAUGUCUUACCAGGAAAAGAGAAUUUAGGAUACUUUGUUGGAGUUGACAUGGAUAAUCCAAUUGGAAAUUGGGAUGGAAGAUUCAAUGGAAUACAACUUUGUAGUUUUGCAAGUGUUGAAAGUACACUUCUGUUGCAUAUCAAUGAUAUCCUCCCAGAUAGUGUGACACAAGAAAGAAGGCCUCCCAAACUUGCGUUUAUGCCAAGAGGUGGUGGGGAUAAAAGUUUAUCCAGUCAUAGUAAACCAAAGGCUACAGGAUCUACCUCAGACCCUGGAAAUAGAAGCAGAUCUGAAUUAUUUUACACCUUAAAUGGUGGUUCUGUUUAUUCUCAACCACAAACCAAAUCAAAAAAUACAUGGUACAUUGAUGAAGUUGCUGAAGACCCUGCAAAAUCUCUGACAGAUAUAUCUCCAGAUUUUGGCCAUUCUUCACCACCUCUGCAACCUCCUUCUUUGAACUCUUCAACCAAUGAGAACAGAUUUCACUCUUUACCAUUUAGCUUGACAAAGAUGCCAAAUACCAAUGGAGGUAUUGGGCAUAGUCCUCUGUCUCUGUCUGUUCAGUCAGUGAUGGGAGAUCUAAACAACUCUCCUGUCCAGGAGAGUCCACCUUUGACUGUACCCUCAAGCAAUUCACAUGGUCUUGAAGUAGGAUCGUUGGCUGAAGUUAAAGAUAAUCCUCCUUUCUUUGGUGUAAUCCGUUGGAUUGGUCAGCCACCAGGACUAAAUGAAGUAUUAGCAGGACUGGAACUGGAAGAUGAAUGUGCAGGCUGUACAGACGGAACUUUUAGGGGUACACGUUAUUUCACCUGUGCCCUGAAGAAGGCGCUGUUCGUUAAACUCAAGAGCUGCCGGCCUGAUUCUAGGUUUGCCUCACUUCAGCCAGUUUCCAACCAGAUUGAACGGUGCAACUCUUUAGCAUUUGGAGGUUACUUAAGUGAAGUGGUAGAAGAGAAUACUCCACCAAAAAUGGAAAAAGAAGGUUUAGAGGUAAUGAUUGGAAAGAAGAAAGGAAUCCAGGGCCAUUAUAAUUCUUGUUAUUUAGACUCUACCUUAUUCUGCUUAUUUUCUUUUAGUUCUGUUCUGGACACUGUCUUACUUAGGCCAAAAGAAAAGAAUGAUGUAGAAUAUUAUAGCGAAACUCAAGAACUACUGAGAACAGAGAUUGUAAAUCCUCUUAGAAUAUAUGGAUAUGUUUGUGCCACAAAAAUUAUGAAACUGAGGAAAAUUCUUGAGAAAGUUGAGGCUGCAUCAGGUUUUACAUCAGAGGAAAAAGAUCCUGAAGAGUUCUUGAACAUCUUGUUUCAUCAUAUUUUGAGGGUAGAACCAUUAUUAAAGAUAAGAUCUGCAGGACAAAAGGUACAAGAUUGUUACUUCUAUCAAAUUUUUAUGGAAAAAAAUGAAAAAGUUGGUGUUCCUACAAUUCAACAGCUGCUAGAAUGGUCUUUUAUCAAUAGUAACCUAAAAUUUGCAGAGGCACCAUCAUGUCUGAUUAUUCAGAUGCCUCGAUUUGGAAAAGACUUCAAACUCUUCAAAAAAAUUUUUCCUUCAUUGGAGUUAAAUAUAACAGAUUUACUUGAAGAUACUCCUAGACAGUGCCGUAUAUGUGGAGGACUUGCCAUGUAUGAAUGCAGAGAAUGUUAUGAUGAUUCUGACAUUUCUGCUGGAAAAAUCAAGCAAUUUUGUAAAACCUGCAAUACACAAGUUCACCUUCAUCCCAAGAGGUUAAAUCAUAAAUACAACCCAGUGUCACUUCCCAAAGACUUACCUGACUGGGAUUGGAGACAUGGCUGCAUACCUUGUCAAAAGAUGGAAUUGUUUGCUGUUCUCUGCAUUGAAACAAGCCAUUAUGUUGCAUUUGUAAAGUAUGGGCGAGAUGACUCUGCUUGGCUCUUCUUUGACAGCAUGGCGGACCGUGAUGGUGGUCAGAAUGGCUUUAACAUUCCUCAAGUUACCCCAUGUCCAGAAGUUGGGGAGUACUUGAAAAUGUCUCUAGAAGAACUGCAUUCCCUGGACUCCAGGAGAAUCCAAGGCUGUGCACGAAGACUUCUUUGUGAUGCAUAUAUGUGCAUGUAUCAGAGUCCAACAAUGAGUUUGUAUAAGUAAAUAAUGAUGAUCAACUGGAAAAGGAGAAGAAACUGUAUGAAAAUUUUUAUUGUUGCAUUUUAUUUGAGUUGGCUGUCCUGAUUAGCAUCCAUUGCCGGCAUUGGAUGCCUCUGAGUGAUGAUCCUUAAGAAAAGGAUUAAUGUAUUGAAAAACAAAUUGCAUUUAUGUUAUUGAAUAUUUAAAUAAGAAGCAUUUUGCACUCUAGAAAGUAUGUUUGUGUUGGUUUUUUAAGAAAUCUAAUGAAGUUAUUAAAACCUGAAGCUUUAAGUUAAGUGCAUUGAUCAUAUAAUAUUUUUGGAGGCAUAGAAAUUGAUUUGUAACAGUUUUAAAAACCUCCUUAGUCCAUUGAGAAUGUCAAAUUCUUGGAAAAGCACAUAACCCUGUGCUUGGAGAAUUACAGUGGACCAAGGAUACCAAAUAAUUUUUCCUUUGUAGCUAAUGGUUGCCUUGAGGAAGAAAUAAUUUGGUUUUAUUAAGAGGUUUGAUUUCAACACAGUUAAUAGAGUUGUUUUGCUGAAUUUGUUUUAACUCUUUCCUAUCUAGUUCAAGUUUUUGCAUGUCAGGAAUCCUGAAUUUGUUUCUACGGUUGUUGUCAGAAAAUGCCUACCCUUUCUCUCCAGUAUUGUUGAUUUCUGUUUGUUCUGCCUUUUUUCCCCCGAUAGAUGCGUGGAACUAUUUUCUAAAUAACAAACAAACAAACAAAAAAAACCCAAACAAAAGACAAAAUGUUUUUUUGUGAUGUAAUGGUCUUGGGGGAUUGGGUCAGUAAUAUUUGACAAAAAAAGCUAUUCAUAUAUAGUAGUAGAUAUCAGCUGACUGAUCUAUUUUUUCAGACUUCUUUAUAAACUUUUUUUGUGGAAUGGAGAACAGUAAAUUUCUAAAAGUGUUCAGAUGUUAAGUUGAACCAAAUACUAGCUUUUAGUAGCCAGUCCUACAUAAGUGUAGUCCAAAAAAUUUAAAUUUUUGGUAUGGGAAGUCAUAUGGUAAUUUUUUUUAAAAAAAGAUAUUAAGUCCCAUAACCUUUUAGUAGAUUUAAAUCUAAAUGCCUAGGACUAAAACAUUUAACAUACAGGAUCAUAGCUAGGAAUCAAAGUUCAGAUUAAUUUCAUCUGAGAUAAUGCUUCUUAUGAAUCUUUUUGUAUUCUGUGAAAACAUACUGUCAACUGGUUUCAUCCUGACUUCUAUGGAAACUAUGAAAAAAAGCCUGAUGUUUUCUUAGUUAAUAUCUGUUGCGUGUAUAUACCGCAAUUGGAUGUUGUAGAUUCUAUUUAUAGAUACGAAUUUCAUUGUUGUGGAAUGUGUAAUCUCAAAUUAUUUUAUACUUUUGGUGUCUCUGAGCUAACUUCUUAACCAUGCAGAAAGACAAGAUUGAGUCAUGUGCUUAUAGCAUAUGACUGUAUAAGUGUUUAGUAUUAUAAAAAUGCCCAAAUGGCUAAAAUCUUUAUAAAUUAAAAGCUUUUUUAAAAAGUUUAACAUUUUCUUUAGUUGCAUCAUUCCUUUAAAAACAUUUAUUAAUUUAAAAACUACAACAGUGUACAAAAAAUUAUUCUCUUAAAUUGUUGGAAUUCAUGAGCUAAGAUUUGUUCAGUAAUAUCUUGGGGAAGUGCCACAAAAAGCUCACUGUACUAGGACUUGGGAGAUCUCUCUUCUAGUCCUGGAUUUUCUUUUUUUAACCAUUUAUUUGGGCCUAGAUAAGUCACUAAUUUCUUAUGGCCUCAGUUUCUUAAUCUGCAAUAUUAGGGAGUGGAGUAAGGUGACCUGUAAAGUCCUUUCCAGAUUUCAUAUUCCUUAAUUUAUAUAAUACUUUUUCAACUAAAGUCAUUAAUGUAAUUUUAAAAUAUAUUAUUCUCGAGGACAGGUCAGGAUUCAAAUUGAUCUUUUAUCUGCAUUGUCUUUUAGUUUCUAUCUUUUGACAUAACUUGAUAUUUAACAUCAGUUGGACAUGUGAUGAUAAGAAAUUAGUAGAUAAUUCUUUUCUUUUUUUUUUAAAUAUCUAACUUGAGAAAAACCUGUCUGUGAGGAAAGAUUUUUAGUUGUUAAAGAACUGAUGAUUUAAUGCUUUCCUAUUGAAAUGUGGUACAUUUUUUCUCUACAAAGUUCCUUAGUCAUAACUUAUUUAUUUUUGUUAUAUUGGGAUUUUAAUUUACUGUUUUCCUUUGUCAACAACACUGAAAAUAAAAAUAGUCCUAGAGGGAAUGAAAGAGCACAGUACUAUGGUUCUUUUUUGAUGGCUUAAAAUUUUAAAUAGACCAGAAGUACCUAUCUUGUUUCCCUCUUUUCUUUUUUGGUUUUCAUUUUUCUCUUUUCCCUUUUUUUUUCCCCCCACCCAAUGUGUCUGAACUGUCAAAUGGAUAAGAUAGGGAGAGAGAAGACAGUGGUGAUGUAGUCUUACUUAGAUGGUGUUGCAUCCUCUGUACUUCCCUUGUCCCUCUUUUCUUUAAAUGUCAAAUUCAAUUCUUCAACCUUUAAAAAGUUUUUCAAAUGCUUGGAAAUGCUUUCUUCCCUGACUGUUUUAUCUAUAAUCAAGAGAAAAGAUAAUAGAGGAAAAUCCUGUUGUGGCAUAAUCAUUGCAUUACACACAGAUGUGGAUUAAAAAAUGUUUUAUUUUAGGUCCACUAAAUGAUAGCUAUUAAACAAUUAAUACAACAGGCAUAUAAGAUCUUUUCUCCCAAAUUAUUAAUUAUUUAAUUGGCAGAUUCUCUAGUUCCUUUCUAUUCCAAAUUUUUUUGACCUGCUUCACCUUUUCCCUCCCCCCAGGUUAUGUUCAUCCCAUAAUAAUUGUUUGGACAUGAAACAUUUUCUAUAUUGAGUUAUAUUAUCUUAUUAUUUAAAUGAAUAUAGUUUAUAUACAGGCAUUAUUGUCUACUCAUCUUUAUAUUGGCAUUCACUGCUUAGCUAUAUGAUUCUGUGCUUUUAGAUAGUUGUGGGAAAAGUUGUUCUAAGUAUUCACUAAUAUGAAACAGCAGACAUUAGCUGAGUCUUAGUGGUUAUCAUCAAAUAAGUUUUAAGUACCCAUUAUUAUUUGCUUAACUGUGCUAUUAAGCUCUGUAGAGAAUUCAGGAGAAGUAUAAUAUAAUUCCUAUUCUUAGGAAACUUACACCAUAAUUGUGACAUUGGGUUAUCUUAUAUUAUUUUGUUAAUGGUCCCUGGUAUUAAUGUGAAUAAGUAAGAUUUAACUAUAGUAUCAAAUAUGUGAUUUGAAUGCAAGGCUACAUCAAGUAAAAAUUUCAUCUAUUUUAACUGGCUUUCCCUCAGAUAGUUAUGGUCAUUGGAGAAAAAAGGUACUAUGGCUGUGUCGUUCCAAAUGCAAACUAUUCUUCCCAUAUUUUAAGAUGAGUUUUUAUUGUGUUAUCUGGACUUCUCCCUCAUUAUUUGAACUCUCUAGAAAAAUAUAGCUUCUAAAGACCAAAGAAAUAAGGAGAUAAGUCAUCAUAGAGUUGGAGAUAACGCUAUCAGCUACUUGCUAGAUGAAAAUGUAUAAUCAUGCUUGGAAACUGAGAUAAUAAAUAGUUGAAUGUUUUUUGUCAGGUGAAAUAGGAUAUGUUUUUCUAGGGAAUGGUAACAUUGACAAAACAGCUAUAUUUUUCUGUUGAUGAAAAAAAUGAUGAAAUUCCCAAAACUGAGACAAAAAAUACAAAAUGGAAACCAACAUUUGCUAAUAAAAUAGCGGACAAACUCUUGAAAACCUAAGAGGUACUAAAUGUAAACAAGGGCUCAUAUUAGUCAUAGAUAGAUAUUGCUCUUAUCUAUUCAGAGCAAAGGAUUUCAGAAAGCAAAUCAUGCUACUGAAAAUUAACAGUAUUUUCUUUUAUACUUAAAAAAAUAUGAAUAUUAUUCUGAGGAAAAGAAGGGGGAAAAUUUUAUAGGAACAAGUGAAGACUUUCCAAAAUUGUCACCUGUCAGGUGAACAAAGGGAAAGAUUUGGUAGAUUUGUUAAAGGCCUAUUUUUGUGGCUUUAAACAAGAUUAAAAGAUUAGAAAAUAAACUUGAUCCAGAGUGCAAAUAUUUUUAAAUGGAAAAUGAACAGAAACCAUAUAUUACUUUGAGAGGAGGAGAAAGGAUUUUAUUUCUUGUUUUCCUGUAUCUAGCAGGGAGACACCUUUUCCUUUGCAGUACUUGAGGCAUAAAUUCUUUCUUUUUGCCUGGAUAAGGUAAGGAAAAGAAGAUUAGUGCUGGAGAUCUAAACUUCAGUAACCAGAGUUUCAGAAAACAAAUAUCCACUAAUUUAAAUAGUUAACUUGAAUUUGAUAUAUAUCUAUAUCUAUAAGUAUCUAUAUAUAUUCAUACACACAUAUUUUCAUAUAUAGAUACAUAUAGAUAUAGAUAUAUGCAUACAUACAUGUCUUUAAAGCACUUUUUUUUUAAUUCCUAAAGGAUUAUCAUGAAGACAUAGGUGUCGCUGGUGACAUUUGGCUUUGUUAUACAAAAUGGCCUAAUACUGUAUAAUUCCAAGUCCUGAAAGCCUUUACAUUGUGAUGUUGGAGGAUUUAGUUCCAUUUGUAAUUUUCAAAUUGUUUGGGGUUUGUUUAUUGUUAAUUUGGUGUAAAGAAACAUGCUUUAUUGUGUACUUUCCAUUCUUGAUAUAUUAUUGUUGUUUUUUUCUUGAAGAAUAUGGUUUAUUUAUGAAAACAUUCUUUUAAAAAAAAUCAUUGGAUAUCCCAUUAUUAUCAGGUUGCUCUGAUUUAGCCUUAAUUUUGUUAAAUUUUUUAGAGAUGAAUGAAGUGCUGCUGUGGAAAGGAAUGUACUAUAUACUAUUUCUGUAUCAUUAAAAUUAAAUUUUUAUGGUU